CCCAGACGAGACUAGGACACACUACCACAUAACCACACAAUGGCGGUCAUUGGAAAGAUCUACGGCUACAAGGCGCACCCUAAAGUCAGCAGGUCGCUGGCCGCGGCCAAGAUCAACGGCGUCGAGCUCGAGGUCUCAAAGUGCUCUGUCAUGGACGGCGACAACCUGAAGCCCGAGUACACCUCCAAGUUCCCCCUGGGCCGGAUCCCGGGCUUUGAGGGCACCGACGGCCUCAAGCUCAUCGAGGCCCGCUCCAUCGCUCGCUACGUCGCUGGCCUGUCGGACAAUGCCAAGCUGCUGGGCACGGACAAGAACAGCGAGGCCGAGGUCGAGCAGUGGAUCUCGUUUGGUGACGAGGAGCUCUUCAACCCCGUCUCGGCCCUCCUCCAGUUCUACUGGAACCGGCUCCCCUACAACAAGGUGGCCGAGCAGAAGGCGUGGGACAGGUUCCACGCCAGCCUGGCCUACCUCGAGGCGCACCUCAAGAAGCAGACGUUCCUCGUCGGCCACCGCAUCACCCUCGCCGACCUCACUGUCGCGUCGGACCUCCAAUUUGCCUACCUGCGUGUCGCUGGCCAGGAGGUGCGCGACAAGUACCCCAACGUGAGCCGGUACUACAACACCGUCAUCAACCAGCCCACCGUGCUCGACGUCUACGCGGGCAACGGCGACCUGCUCGCCGAGAACGCCAAGUUUGUGCCGCCAAAGAAGGAGCCCAAGGCUGCUGCUGCUGCCCCGGCUGCCGCUGCCGGUGCCGCCGCUGCUGCUGCUCCUGCCGCUGCCAAGAAGGCCGACAAGAAGAAGGACAACGACGACGACGACGAUGACACGCCCAAGCCGGCGCCGGCGCCCAAGCACCCCUGCGCGUCACUGCCCGCCAGCCCGUUCAUCAUCGACGAGGCCAAGCGCAACUACUCGAACUGGGACACGCCCGACUUCCUCAAGUGGUUCUACGAGAACUUUGACAAGCAGGGCUGGUCCAUCUGGCGCUUCGACUUCAAGUACAACGAGGAGCUCAACAUGGUCUUUAUGUCGGCCAACCAGAUUGGCGGCUUCUUUGACCGCCUCGAGGCGUCGCGCAAGUACGUCAUGGGUGCCGGCGGUGUCUACGGUGUGGACAAGAACAGCAAGAUUGCCGGUGCCAUCAUCCUCCGCGGCGACGACCCCAACGUCGUCCUCGGCGUCGCGCCGGACCUCGAGAGCUACGCCGUCACGCCCCUGGACCCCUUCAACAAGGCCGACGACAAGAAGUUCUUCGAGGAGGCUCUUGCCUGGGAGGGCGAGAUUGACGGGCUCAAGUACAACCAGGGCAAGUUCCUCAAGUAGACGCCUGUCCUCUUCUUUCUCUCAUCUUUGCGCGCGAGAGAGAGAGAGAGUGAUGCUGUUGUAGUGUAGACCCAUCUGAGACGAGAACGGCACGUGCUUCACACGUCGAAAAAUUCCAAC